CUUAGCUAGGAAAUGUGCACCCAUUGCAAUUUCGCCACACUUGCAUGUAAGGCUUGAACCCAAUCUACUUCCGGGGACAAACCGUCUGUGAAAUACAAUGGAAUUUUUCUACAGGCUUAAAAAACAAGAGAAAAGGCUGCCUUUUGGCAGGGACGUUCGGAUAUAUGAAGAGCCGGAAGGGUAUUUCUUCUUUCAAGAUGACAUGUUGUACCUAUAUAACAGAGACAAUUUAAGUCCCAAACUUGAAAAAAAUAUCGUUGCGGAUGAAAUUUACUUCUUCAAUGAAUUUAUUGCGGUGAGAAGUGUGUCAGAUAUAUUUCAGUAUGACAAGAAUGGGCUAUCGCUAGUCAGUAUGAGUGACGAUUAUGAUGGUGAUAUCCUAGAAGGAGGAAGGAAGAUCAUCAAGAUAGGACGUUUCUUCAAACACAACCAUAUAGGACUUUUAGUCUGCGAAGAUAAAUUUGAGUUUUAUGAGUUCAUAAAUGGCGAUUUUUUCCAAAGGACGCUUCCCAAGCAUGCAGCAAAUGUCUUGAAUUCUAAAGUUUGCGGUUCGGAAAUCAUGGUACAAAAUCUGCGUGCGAACAGCAGUGAUCAUGUUGUUAUAAAAGGAGAGAAGACGAUUACUUUAUUAUCUUUUGACGACUCGGCGAAUAUUUUGGAAUUCGUGUUGGAUGAAAAUUUAAGAAGUGAAAGAGUUCACUUCGCCAAUUUAUCAGGAAAAGAGAUGAAAGAUAUGAUUUUUUUUACGAAGGCUGGCCUUUUAGUCUACUCGUAUGAUAGAAAGACUAAUAACUACGCCCUGGCUUACCACUACAGGUCUUUCUCGAGUUACAGGAAGUACGCGGAUUCUGUGAAGUUCGUCGAUAUCGAUUUGGACGGGGUGGACGAAAUGGUCGCCAACUCUCCAUGGGGCUUGACCAUACACGUGCACAACAAGUACAGAAAAAAGUUCAAGAACGUGCUGGAAGUCAUGCCUUUGUCGUCAAGGUACGACAAGUUGAUACACGCAACAAGCAAAUUCGUCUUCACCGAAUCUGAGAGCGGGCUGAAUGUUUUUGAAAUUGUAAAGUCAAAAAUCGAGGAGAAGAGAGAAUUGGAAAUUAAAGGUCCGGCAUCUUCCAUUAAAUCAAUGCUUCCAAAAGUAAAAAUGGGAGUAGAAAAGGAUGAACUUCUUCUUCAAAACACCCUGGAUUAUUCCCAGGUGUUAACGUCCGUCGACGCAUCGGGGAAGGUCAAAUUCACCCUUCCACUUUUCAGUUUGGAGAAAAGUCUAGACUUUGUAAUUAAUUAUGUCGGGACGAACGCACAGUCGGACAUCAUCGGUGUUGGUUGGUUCUUAACUGAGGACAAAAUUGUACGAAUGCACGCCUCCAGCAUCUAUCAAGAAGACGAAAGGUAUUUCCUCGUGCUGAAAAGCAUUCCGAUACCGAUUCAAAUAAAAAACUCCACUUUCGUACUCAAUGGUACAGAUUAUAAACUUAAUUAUUUCCCCGAAAAGGAACAUUUCGAGUUGGAAGCUGGGGAGAUGAGGCUGCUCUACGGGAUUGUCGACAACAAAGCUGACGGCGUGGAAUACGAAUUGAAAUGGCACGACUGGAACGGACCUGGCGGUGAUUCCGACGGCCAAGUUGCAUUCCCAAGAGCCUGGUACUUAAAAAGACUCGUCAUGGAAUCGUACGCCAUCAAUUUUAAUUAUAAAAAAAUCGACGUUCGAACGCCCAACGGCAUGUCGUACACGAGGGAGAUGUACUUAUCAGAGGUUUAUGACCACCGAAACAAAAUACAAUUUUUCUACGGUGAAAAAUUUCAAGAAGAAUAUAAACUGCCACCGAUGAUUGAUGAGGAAACGAGCAAUUACAACAUGGACACGGUCAAAACGAAAUAUUUAUCAGGUUACAGACUUGAAACUUCUAAUUACGUGCAGAAUGUUGAUUUUAUAUAUAGCUUGAUAAACGGAAAGCGUUUUUUGAAAAAUAUCGCACAAAAAGGGAUUGUUUUCAUGAACUUUUCUUAUGAAGACGACGUGUUGGUUGGUGUGAACUUUCCUCCGACAAAUGUUUCAUUGAACUACAUAUACGAAUUGGGCAUAGAUGUAAACAAAACAUACAUAAAAAAAAUCGAAACUGAAAAUUAUGACAACUAUAAAAUAGACUUUUUAAAUAGAUUGAUAAUUGUUAGUUAUACUCACCAAAACAAGACAAUAAUAGAGAUAAAUGACAACGAGAUGGGUGAACUUGAAAAAUUCACCCUUAACAACGGCAAUAAAUUAGUGAAGUUUUUAAAUGUAAGGCAUAUGAUUUGUGCACUUUUUAACUCUGGGGAAAUUCAUGUCGUACACCAAGAAAAGAACAAAUUUUACGAUAAAGGGAGCUUCAAUUUUACGGUGGGGGCUAUUUUUAAACCGAGCGGGAGUUUUCUAAUGUAUAAAGAUAAAACUGUAGGCGUCAUCGAAUAUGACGACGAAAAGGGCGAAUAUACCAGAAAAGACCUUUUUCCUGAAAACAACUUAGUGGCCACAGCCUUUAACAGAUUUGUGGCCGUUUACGAUAAUGUAAACAUUAUGCUGGCCUAUAAAACGGCCGAUCACUGGCACACCAAGAUUCUAAAAAACAUACCAGGGUUUAUUGACCAGUUGAACAACACGCUUAACCUGUUCGAUUUCACUGAUAAUUUCAAAAAUGACAUGUACACAAUGUUUAGUGAAUUGUUAAUACAGAUUUUCAACAAUAUGCUCAUGAUUAACACGGUUAAAUACGAGAACCUGCAGUUCGAGACGAGGAUAAAUGUUUUCCUCUUAAAUCAAACCUACGACAUUGUCAAGGAGAAGGAGAUUGUUAAAAAACAAGAUGACGUUACAUCAUUGGUGAAGGAUAGCCACUUGAAAAACUCAAUUUACGAAGUAGUCUACGAACCUUCUGGCGACAAGCUCAAGAAAAAAGUUAUCGGCUUUAAGGGCGAGAUAAAAGAAAAAUUCGACGAAGCUAAGCAGUUCGUAUUUAACGAGAUAAAAGAGCACGAACGGAAAGUGAGAAGACACAUAGAGAUGAUCAGGUCAGAACAAAAGGCGAUUGUAAUGGAAAAAGCUAAACCGUAUUAUGAGAAGGCGGGAGAAACGUACAAACACUUGGUCGACGAGAAGGUCGAUAUCGAAUUCAAAAGUUUAAACGAUGCGUUGAACCAAGAGCUUGAAUCAGCUUUGAACAAUCUGAAACAAGCGAGGCGAGAUACUGUCGAGGAAUUCGAAAAAUAUAAAAUAGAAAUUUGUCAAAACAUAACACAGGCUUUGCCCCGUGACUAUGCCCUACUCGACAGGGACAAAUAUUCAUUCUAUCUGUUGAACGGAAAGAUCACAAACGACAAGACCCAGUAUAUAUACACUGGGCAAGAUUUUAUAGAGAAGGAGAUGACCGUCGCCAUCGGCAAUGACAUAAAACUGGACCAAGGCUACAGUUUAAAGAAAGAUGUAACAUAUAAAAUUGUAAAGGAUUAUGAAGAAAUUGACUUGGAAGUCGGUGAACUUUACGAAAUUCGGAACGGGUUUCCGUUUUACAUCGCUUCGAUUAAACCGAACGGUUUGAAAGUUAUAGAAUUCCAUAAAUACACCGAACCUGAAAUGAAUGAGAUAGACGAGGAAAUGUUUGCGAGUGGUUUUGCCGGUCUGGCGACUAGAAACGGAUCGACGGUGUCGGUGAGACCCCAACUGUUGCGAUAUGCCUUCCCCGACCGGAGGGUAAAGCGAAUCGAGCUCACUUUUGACGGUAGAAAAAUUGCGUCAGGCUUUGAAUACAAAUCUCCAAAAGUGUUGAACGAGCUUUAUUACGAAGUUCAUUCCGUGAUACAGGGGGAUGACAAAAAGUAUGGCCGCGUUGAGUUUCGCAACGGUACAAAACGGAUCUUCGACGGCGAUGGUGUUUUACUCAAAACAAUAAGCAAAGUAGAACAGAAGGAAAAGGUGGACAAGCGAGAAAGAAACUUGUUUUUCGAUAAAACAGGCUUAUUCGUCAUAUCGGACUUCACACCUUACGAUUCGAAAAACGAUGAAGUAUAUUAUUACGGCUUUGAAAACUACGAGGAAAAUAAAAAGUUUACUUUUAAUAACAAUGAUGUUGUAAAAGGGUUCUCAUUAACCGGAAAAAAUUAUCUUAAGGUAAAAUCUAGUUUUCAAGGGACCUUUGUGCCGAAAGAACAAAACGGCAUUUACAAGGUGUCCUGCUGGCUCAGGACUGCAAAGAGGUUGACGAUCGGCGAAAAGACUGUGCUGGUGAAAGUGAUUGUAGAGGAGGACGGAAAGGUUGUGUUAGGAGUCCUCGGUGAAAUUUUGUUCAAAAUGAGAGAUUGGCUGUAUGUCGAGGCAGUCGUCAAUCUCUCGGAUGCCAGGGAGAUAACUAACGAACUAACUGGUUUCUCCGACAAGUUAAGUAUAAGAGUAAAUAUAUCGAAUUGCGACCUCGAUAAUGUACUUUUCGCACCGAAUGUGCUAAAGACGAGUAUCAACGUGUUUGAUGAGGAGGGCAACGUAUCAGAGGUUAUCGUAAACGGCCUGAUCAAAAGGCAGAUCUACAAGAUGAACAAAAAAGUGGCUUCUAUCGAUGAAUACGGAAAACUCGAAUUAUUUGUGUCAAGAGGGAAAAACUCGAAUCUCGAAAUUAUACCUGCAAACGGCUAUUAUGAGAAUUUCUCACUUUUCUCUUUUGGGACGAAUCUCAUCGCCGACGACGACAAUUGGGCUGUCUCACCGGGCGUAUUGCGUCACGAGGGUGAGGACAGCGUUUUGAAAAUAACGUCAGAAAGUCACUGCCUGAGUUUCGAUUAUAGUUUAAAACAGAAAGCUGAAAUAGUUAUAGGAGAUUUGAUUAUUAAAGAAAAUUCCAUAAUGUUUAAUGACGAAAGUAAAGACAGUUAUGCAAAAGGAGAGAUUAUCUUAAUAAGAAUAAAAGAUCGAUGUUUCGUCUGGCUUGAUGGAUCCAUAAUUUUCGAAAAGACUGCUGUUUUCAACCUUGAAAUGAAAUUCAAAGGUGAUGCGUACAUCAAAAACCUCUUUGUUUUCGAAGACCCUUCUGUGAAAAUGGAGUAUUUCAAUGGAUUAAAAGACAAAGUGCAAGAAAUACGACUUAUAGACGAAAAAACGGCGUUAGUUCAAGAGUUUUUGUACGAUGAAUUAGGCAGGCAGGAUAUACAAACAAGGCCGAUUCUUUUGAAGGGGAACGUCUUCGACUACCACCGAAAUUUCGUGAUGAAUAAAAACCCAGACGCCGAGGAUUCCGUUUGGAGAACUGGCCGAAUAAAGGGCGAGGCUGGUGAAUACAGUUACACGAGGUUAGAGUACGAGGAAAAUCCUCUGAACCGCAUCCUCACUGUUGACGUGGAUCCCGGAGUGGACCAAGCCUUUGAUUCGUUUUUUAAACGCUACAGAUACAACGAGACCUAUCCUUUAUUGAGAAACGUCUUUCCCAAGGAUUUCUACUUUGUAACAGAAGAAAAACGAGGGGGUGUUGAGAAAACUAAGGUCUACGAUUCAUCCGACAACUGGAGAGGAACGUAUAUUAAAGUCGCGAACGGAAGAGGACUUUUGAGUACUUUCGAUUACAACGGUACAAACCUGGUUCGAAUCCUACCUCCUCUUUACCACGAUAAAGUAGGAACAUUGAGAAAAUUCGAUAACAGAGAGACAGUAAGGGAAAAGAUACUUAAAAAAAUUAUAGGAGUUAAUUGUAAGUACGACGAUAAGGAUCGAAUGGUUGAAAUAACCACACCGGACAGUGGGAAAACGCAGUAUAUUUACGAAGGCGAUUUCCUAAAAUUUGUGAUCUAUGAGGACUCGGUCACGUUCUUUGAAUACGAAGGUGAAUGGCUCACCAAAACGGGGGUUUUGAAAAACAAAAAUUUAAAUUCUGAAAAAAUUGUCUACCAGAGUUUUAUACCCGGGGAUGGCAAAAAUCCAGCAAUACGGGGUUCCGUUUUUAGGACGAUAACCUAUGACAAACUGACAGCAAUUGAAGAAACCGUCGAGCACAAUAAGAUGCGUAUGAAACGAAUAAUACUGCCCGAUGGGCACACCAUGGAAUUGAAGAAAACGAUUCACAACAUCUACAAGGAAGAGGUCGAAUACCCCGCUUUUGUGAAUAACAAAAGGUUCAAAAUCUUUUAUAAAUAUAACAGAUUGGGUAAGCUGACAAAUGUUUACAGCAAUGACGGCCUCGUAGAUAUAGUUUACAAAUAUAACGGUUUGAAACUCGCCCAAGAAAGUAAGGGCAAAAGCUUCCGACGGUCUUAUAUUUAUGACGCGCCUGGCUUUCUCACGAAGAUAACAGAUGCCUUUUUAACGGAAGAGAUAUCUUUCAGCCUAGGCAGCUAUGGAGGAAUAAGCUUUGGAGACGGGACCAUUGUAAGAACUACGUUUAAAGCACAUUGGUAUGAUUUUUCACCGCCUGAUAAUACAGAUUGCUUUAAGAGGUUGAAAGAAAGGAACUACUUGGACGGCAAAGGUCAUCUGAUCAAAGAUUUCUAUCCUUAUUUAGAACCGGAUAUUGUUAAUUGUACAUCUCUCUACGAGAAACAUUUCCCUUCCAGAUACGGGCAUGCGUACACCUAUGGGAAAUAUCAACAAUUAAUCAAAGCAAAAUUUUUCGUCGAAGAAGUACCACCGAUCCUGCAGCCGGCAAGUUUCGCUCGGGUCCCCGGUCUCAACAGUACCGCUUCUAAAGCGAUCUGGAAAUCGCUUAAAGAUUCCGGUUUCAUAAUCGCAGAUAAGGAAUUUUUGGAUGAACAUCUAGUCCAUUCUAAAAAGGGAAGAUCUAUUAUAAAUCCUUUAAUAUUCAGAGAGCUCGAGAGAAACGAUCUCGAGCGGUACAAACUUGUCGAGAACGUCUUGUUGGGAUUUUUUAAAGACGAGUAUCUGGAAAAUAUUCUCGGCAAGAAAACCGUGUCUAUUCUCAAUAAAAAAGGUUAUAUAAAGGAUCCUUACAGCGAAGACUUCAAAGCAACUUUAAAAAAUUACAAGGAUCAACUCCGGCACAUCACCGACAUUUUAAGGCGAUCCUUUGCGACUGAAUUGGGCACAAGUCAGUACGACGUAGACCAUUUUGAAAUAGAUCCGAACGGUAACCUUCUAAAAUAUUAUAACGGUUUAAACAAAUAUGACUUGAUUUACCGAGAGAAUACUAAUUUGAUAGACUAUAUUAAAAUAAACGAGGUAAAAUACAAUUUGAAACACGAUAAGAGAGGCAAUGUGAUCAGGGCGGAUCAUAGGGAUAUUGAAAAGGUGGUUUACAACCAGGUGAUAAAUCGUGUGAAUGAGAUCCGUCUGAAAUGCGGUAAAGUAAUUCAUUACAGCUACGACUCCUCAGGAGAGAGGAUUUACAAAAUGGUUCAACAAGACGGGAAAAUAAUAAAAGAAGUAUUUUACGUGCGUGAUGAGGCCGGGCGCACUGCUGUCGAAAAGGAGAUUCGACACGAAGAAGAACCCGACGUUAUGGUGACUCUUUACGUCUAUGGCCCCACUGGGCUAACGGGCUUCGUACGCAGGAACAAGUUUUACAACGUUCUCACAGACCAUGAAGGAUCUGUGAGACUGGUCGUGAGGGACGGAGAAGUAGUCGCAGCCUACGAUUAUUUACCAUACGGGGAAUUGAUGAGAAAAAAAAUUUUAGACUCCGAUGCCGAUUUAGCUUACAGGUUUACCGGCCAGGAGUAUGACGAAGAAACAGGUCUAUACAAUUAUCAUGCGCGUCUGUAUGACCCGUCGUUAGGCCGAUUUUAUCAAAUUGACCCAAUGGGUCAGUACUUCUCUCCUUAUUUGUAUGCAGGGAAUUCCCCGCUCACCCUAGUGGAUCCUGACGGUGAAUUCGUUUUUAUUUCCAUCUUGGUGGUAACAGGGAUAUCAUCGCUAAUUGCUUACAGCUAUUGGAAAAAUGGUUGGGAUAUGGAAGGUUGGAAGGAGACUCUCAAGGAAACUUGGAAUAAAAUUAAUUACGGUUUAGAAGUGGUAAAAACUUUUGUCAAAUUCGGAACCGCUGCCGUCAUUUUGAAAGGCUUGGGAGUUCCGAUAGCCAUCGCCGGAAUCGCCCUACUUGCCCUUGCAGGGCUUAGUACAAUUCAAAAAUUCAGGAAAUCCAACUCUAAAUUUGACCCAACCUCUUUAACAACAUGGUGUUCGAUUUUCGAGGCAUUCGUAGAAUCUAUUUCGGAAAUAUCUGAGAUUGUGUUAGACGUCGCCGAAUUUAUAGGAAAAAUCAAGGAUAAAUACUUGAAAAAGAAAGCGACAAAAAAGAAUAAAAUUACACAGCGGGGUUCUAGCCUUGGAGACAAUCCCGCAGACAAAAAGAUCCCACCAACUUACAACAAAAGAGCAAAGAAUAUCAUUAGGAAUCAACAGUUAAUGGGUCAAAGCAAAGCGAAAAAGUUAUCCAGUAAAAGGCAAAAGAGGUCUACCGAGGAGGGAAUUAUCAACGUAUCGUGUAAUAAUAUAACAUUAAUAAGGAUGAAGGAUGUCGACAGCAUCGUGUAUUUAAGUGAUGGCCAUGAGAGUAAUACAGAUUUGAACAUCUGGCUAGAGAAAUGUUUGGCUACGUUAGAUAAAGUUGUCUCAGAAAAGAAUGCAGUUACGGUGAAGCAAAUAAAAAACACUCUGAGCCAUGUGAUAAUUGACAAAGCAAGGAAUUUCGAAUCGACCGAUUUCAAAGGGUUUUUAAUAGAUGAUGAAAAUUACAGGGCUUACGUUGCAAUGGCCGUUGAGAUAUUGCGGGCUAUUCCAGACGACACCGAGACACUGAGGAAUAUAAAAGAGAAUGCAGCGGUUUUUCUAAAAGAAAUUUGGGAUGAUUACGAUUUAACGGACGGUAUCGGUAAGAUUCGGAACCUCCAAGCGGAUCCCAUCCAAUGGAAAAUAGUCAGCGACGAUAACUUGUUGGUAACUUCUUACAAGGAGCCGUGCACCGACGUCAAGUGUCCAAUGGCGAGUACUGACUGGAUCUGCGAGGACGAGACGCCAGCGUGGGACCCCAGCUUUCCGGAAUUGAACUCGACGCUGCUUCUGACGGACGUCCUUCUUGCAAAAAAGGGCAAAAGGCGUCUGCAAAGGGCAAAAAGGCAGACUGGCAUGAAAUGGAGCGAAACGAUGGCUUAUACACUGAGCAUAAUCGACGCUUUUGAAAAUUUCCUCAAUGAAAUCAGUGGAGAAGAAACCAGCCUAUACCAAAUGACAGGGAAAAUACGGAAUAAAAUAUCUAAUAGCCGUUUUGACGAGAUAACACCUUUGCUGGACGAUUACGUCAAAAACUCCUCAAUUGAUUUUCAUGUUUAUCAAAGGGAAAAGUUUAAUCUCGAACAACGAAUUCAUGAAAUCCUCUUCCAGAAUGAAAUAAACGUCCUCAAUGAUACGAGAAUCCUUACUGAUCAUGCUAAUAGUACUGCUAUUCUCUCAAAAAGCAUGGCUAAUAAUAACCCGACCAUUAGGCUCCUUUCUCACGAGAGAAAUUAACAAUUCAAUACAUAUAAAAUAUCAAUUGUACAGGAAAAUAACGACGUUUUUUCCAACCUUUCUUAUCAUUUCGGCAUAAAAUCAAUGUUUUAAUCGUAAAUAAUAAUAAUUUAUGAAACUUUGUCAAAAUUGUAAGCUUCAAACAAUUCAUCCAUCUAAUACGAUGAAAUUUGACAAUAUAGAAAACUUGGGGUUUAUUGUUAUUUGUAAUUGGUUAAAUUGUGUUGUAAUAAAUAAAUUUUAUGUCAGCA